AUGAGCACCAGUGAGGAGCAAUUGUGGAGAAUGCGGAAACGGAUGAAAGAAAUUGCUUUGAGUACUGCGGCCAUGGCUGGUACCCUACUGAUUUGCAACGCGUUUGAUAUAACAACUUACGUGCUACAAUCUGCGGGUGUAUACCAAUAUGUAAUCUUGUCACUUUCUCAACAAGCUGGGGUGGUACCGAUCAUCAUGUCCAGUUGUAUUGUUCCGUGCAUUCUCGUUGCCAGUAUCAAAUCGGUGCGACUGUACGUCGUCACCAAUAUCAUUUCCGGUUUAUUGGUGAAAUUUGGUUUACGUCAAAAAGAUUCAUUGAUGGUCACUCGUUUACAAAGUGAAGUAGACUGGACUGCGACUGGCGUAAAUCCUGAGUAA